ACAAGUUUCGUUGGAAAGAGUGGCAAUUGCGUCGGAUUAUAGCAACAAUGUUUAAAAUUGCAAGCUGCAUUCUCGUCGCUGCCUGCAUCAGCUUCCAACAACAAGCUGUUGUAGCUGCUUCUCUUCCGAAUCCUUUGGGAUCGUGGGGAUCAAAGGGAUUGCUGGGAUCAUUGGAAUCGUUGUUAGACAACGCACAAAAUAAAGUAUCAGAUGCACGAGAUAACGCACUAGAUAAAAUAUCAGAUGCACGAGAUAAAAUAUCAGGCGUACAAGAUAACGUAUUAGAUCAAAUAUCAGACGCACAAGAUAACGCACAAGAUAAGUUAUCGGAUAUAAAAGACAAAUUUUCGGGUAUAUUCAAACGCGGAGAUGAAGUCUUACAAGGUCUCGGGGGUGGCGUGACUAAUAUAGGCGAGAAACUCAACGAUGGAUUGGCUAACGAGGUGCAAAGGCUCCAGGAGAAGGCAAAACAAUUCCUGGAAGAGGCUCAGGACGCCAAUAUUUCGUCAUGUAAUAGGCUGUACAAGAAAGGACGUGCUGCUCUCGCUGAACUGGUGUCAAUGUUUGAUUCCUGUGUAUUAAAACAAAUGCAACAGACCGGCGGACAAAUUCAAGAUCUCGUUAAUGUAAUAAGCGAUCUACAGAAGAAUUUAUCGAAUCAAUUGCAGGAUGUAACGCAAUGCUUCAAAAGUACUUCUAAUUUCGGCGCGUGUUUCUCUCAGACAUUACAAAGCUUUUAUAAACUGGGACUCACGGUCGAGAAAAUUAUCCGCAUAGCUAUUCAAUUCUACACGUUCGUUCCAAGUUUGAAGUUUUGUUGUCAGACGUCAAUUGUCAAAUUUGCAACAAAAAAUAUGUUCGGACUUCUUAAAGACGUCGGAUCGUGCGUUCAAAGCACCGUCAGAAAUAUUCAAUGAGUCGUUCAUCGGCUAAUAUGAUUCCCAUUUAUUGUUACACGUACAUAUUAUUACUAUUAUGAGUUACCCGAUACGAAGUUCCUACUUCUUCCACACCAUGCAAAACGGCACACGCAGGUAUAUAUCAAGCGCACUAAAAUUCAAUAAAUAUUAAAUUAAUAAUA